UGCUUCUCUCACACAUAACCUCUCUGUCACACUCUCUCGCACGUAAACUCUCUCUCUCUCCUUCCCUCUCAAAGGUCUCCUCUUUUUCACUUUCUCUCUCAGUCCCUCGCUUCUGAGCACUCGCCUGCCACAUACCUGCCCCAAAAAGAUAAAUAACUAAAAAAGGCAGCCCAGCCGAAGAGACAGACUGACUGACGCCUGACAGACAGUGGGACGGACUGCGAGCAAUGCGGUGCGCGGGGUUCCUGGUGACGGCGCUGCUUUUGGGACUGGCCACCUCGGCGCGGGGCGCCCCCGGCCAGUGCCCAAGCCCCUGCCAUUGCCAUGGCGACCUGCAGCACGUCAUCUGCGACAGCGUGGGCCUGAAGAAGGUGCCGCGCGUGUCGGAGAGCACCCGUCUGCUGAACAUGCAGCGCAACAGCCUGGGCGGCCUGCCCGCCGGCUCCUUCAGCGACAUGAAGGGCCUGGUCUCGCUCCACCUGCAGCACUGCCAGCUGCGCGAGAUCUCCGGCCAGGCCUUCAAGGGCCUGAAGAAGCUCAUUUACCUCUACCUGUCCAACAACGAGAUCGUCACCAUCAAGCCGGGGGCCUUCGAGGACCUGACCGAGCUCACCUACCUCUACCUGGACCACAACCGCAUCGGCGACCUGGCCAAGGGCCUCUUCGCGCCCAUGAUCAACCUCUUCAUCCUGCAGCUCAGCGACAACAGGAUCCGCGAGCUGCGGCCGGGCGCCUUCGCCGGGGCCAAGGACCUGCGCUGGCUGCACCUGAGCGGGAACGAGAUGAGCGCGCUGCAGCCCGGCUCUCUGGACGAGGUGGAGAACCUGGCCGGGCUGCACCUGGACCGCAACCGGCUGUCCGCCUACCCCGCGGCCGCCAUGAGCAAGCUGAGGGUGGUGGAGGAGCUGGUGCUCUCCAGGAACCCCAUGAGGACCAUCCCCGACCUGGCCUUCCAGAGCUUCGGACGCUACAUGGAGAAGCUGCGCCUGGACAACAUGGGCUUGGAGAAGUUUUCAGACGGCUCCUUCACCGGGGUGACGGCUCUCAAGUCCCUGCACAUGGAGAACAACAAGCUCAGGAGCCUCCCACGCAGCCUGGAGUUCAGCACCCUGCAGAACGUCACCAUGUCCGGCAACCCCUGGAACUGCAACUGCGUGCUGGCCCCACUGCGCAGAUGGAUGGAUUCCAGCCGCCACCGUCCCGACGCGGUGUGCGCCGCCCCGCCCCAGCAGAGAGGGAAGCAGAUUCGGGACAGCUCAUCCUUCAACAGCUGCCGGGUCAAGCCCAAUAGAACCAGAAAGAGAGCGCGUCAUUAAGCAGGAGACUCUGGAGAAGAUGGUCCUGGUGACCAGCCACCGUGUGCAAAGAAAGGAAGCAAAGCUAACUGCUACUCAAACACUGUCCACCCCAAUCUCACCAGUAUCUUACACAUACACACACACACACACACACGCAUGUGCGCGCGCGCACACACACACACACGCAUGCGUGCACACACACACACAUGCACACACGCAACAUAUGCACACAACACAACACACACACAAACACACACAUGCAUAUGCCCAGGCAUAGGGAAAUAUACAUACACACAAACACAAACUAGAUUCCCCCCAGCUGGCUUCCCACUUCCUUUAUGUUGAGCUGGUGACAUCAUUUCAUUCAGUCAUGCAGAAAUUAGCAUUAAUCCUGAAAAAUUGCUCUUAAAGCAAAAUGGUCUGUGUUAGUAUGUAAAACCGUAAAGGAAUUUUCAACAAAACAGAAAAAAAAAGCUCAUUUAAAGCAAUCUAAAGCAGUUAAAAGAAUAACUGUAAAGUAUUCAACUUGGGGCAUUUUAUACCUCUCCAAAAUUAAACAAAACCAAAAAAGAAAUGCAUGUUCUAUUUUUCUAAAACAGGAAAGCCAGUAUCAAGUUACUGCAGCAUUCUGAGAAUUGUAUUUUUCUAUAUAACCCAAUCAUCUCCUGUCUGCUUCAAGCCUUGAGAAAAAUGAGAUCCCCACUCACUGUUGACUCUGAUAGGCAGGCAUAUAUAGUGAGGUACAACAAAUGUAAUUGCUGUUUCGAUUACUUUGAUCCACUGCAUCUGACUCUUGCUUUUAUGUUCAAUUUGAGGUGAUAUUAGUUCAAACACGGCAUCUCAUUGAUUUGCUAAAGAAACUUCCUUGCACAUUUGCAAUUAGCAUGUACAUCACAUUAUAACACUUAGCCUUGGCUUCUAAAUUUAAGGACAGCCCCCCUCAUACAGGAAGAAAAGAGUUCAUGCACAGCAAGCCUGACCAGCAGCUAACUAAAGGUAGGGAGGAGAACGCCUGUCACUCCUUAGUCAAGUGAGGACAAAAACAGACGGGCUAGAACAGAGGAGAGAAUUUAAAGCUGUGGCAUCAUGAUUUUUCCAUUACUGAGUGAGUACCUUUAAAUAGACCACACAUAACUUGGAAGGCCGCAGUACUUGGCCUUGGGUGACAGGAAGUAGAGGCAAGCUCAGUGAUGUCACUUCCGGGUGGCUAUCAACUCAAUGAAUGCCCUGACAGGACUAGCCUCACUCCAUCCGCAUCUCCAGCAGUGUAGUUAACCUCUACAUCACAGCACACACACACACCUCUUUUAACCCUCCCUUUCACUGCUGAGGAAUUUGUCAAGAGUCUCCCAGCCUCCACUUCUGCCAGGCAGCCAUGUUUACUCUCUCUCUCUCGCUUGACCUGCAGCAAGCCUCACGUCCUCACCUCUCAGGACCCUGACACUCGUUGUCAUGGCAACAGCCUGUGUGUCCGCUUUGCAACUUGCAAGUGGUGUACUUCAGAAGGUUCUGCUUUUGUUCUAUCAUUAUGGGUCAUUCUAAGCUGUUUGCAUGAAACUUCCUGUGAGAAAUUUCUGCUCAGACUGUUAAACUCCCCCCCCCCCCC